AUGAUGUCACCAGCUGUUAGUGUUGUCCUUCUCCUCGCUAUUAAUAGCAUCGAUGCGGGUUGUAAUUUUGGCUGCCCGAGAGGCUCUUGCUGUACUUCUUACGGAUCUUGUGGAAGUUGUGGAUACGGUUGGCCAAACUUAGUGGAUCCGAACGCCGGAAGAUGUUUGUCAACUGGAUGUCCAGCAGGAAUGUGCUGCUCCCGAUACGGAUAUUGUGGUAGUACACCUGCAUAUUGUGGCAAUAUUGGUUGGCAUGGUUUUGGUAAUUGUGCUCUAACAGGAUGUGGAGCGGGCUUGUGUUGCAGUACAUAUGGAUAUUGUGGAAAUUCUGUCGCUGCUUGUCCCUGGUAUCGAAAAUCAUCGAACGUCAUCGACGUACCAUCACUCGAUGGUGUUUUACAUUCCGGCUUGGCUAAAUUGUACGAAGUAAAUUCAGAAUAUGUUUAUACAGCAUGUGGCUUCAAUUACACUACCAGCGGCAAUGUCGCUUCAUUGAAUUAUGCUCAAUUCGAUCCAUUCACCGUAAACGGUAUAUCAAGUACAAAUCCAUCGUGUAAUAAAAAGGCAUUAGUAACGGGUCCAGGUAACACUAAGAUUACCGUGACGAUUGUUGACAGAUGUCCACCAGAAGCAAAUUGUAAUAAAGGUGAUAUUGGUUUAUCACUAUCAGCAUUCAAAGCGCUAACAGGCAAUGAUGAAGGUCCAGUGAAGAUAUACGAUUCACGAAAUAAUAUGAUACAACCACAGAUAUACGAUUUACAGAAUGGUCUGAUCCCACCAUAUAUACACGAUUCACACAAUAAUAUGAUACAACCACAGAUAUAUGAUUCACAAAACGGUAUGAUACAACCACAGGCAUACGAUUUACAGAAUGGUCUGAUCCCACCAUAUAUACACGAUUCACACAAUAAUAUGAUACAACCACAGAUAUAUGAUUCACAAAAUGGUAUGAUACAACCACAGACAUACGAUUUACAGAAUGGUCUGAUUCCACCACAUAUACACGAUUCACACGAUAAUAUGAUACAACCACAGACAUAUGAUUCACAAAAUGGUAUGAUACAACCACAGGCAUACGAUUCACACAAUAAUAUGAUACAACCACAGAUAUACGAUUUACAGAAUGGUAUGAUCCCACCACAAGGACAGCAUACAUUCGUCGUAUCACGAAAGAACUCUUCUAUCAAUGCAGCAGAGCAAGAGGAGAGAAGCAUCGUACCACUUGAAAUGCAGGAUGAGCUCAAGAUAAAUCCGGAGACACCUAUUAUGCAUUAUUAUGUAACCCAUGAACCCAUGCGAAGAGAAACUCCAAUCGAAAAUAUUCCGCAAAUGAAACUUGAUUCCUAUUCUCAUCACAAGCAGAAAUUAGAUCAUACUCAUAAUUCCAAACCACAAAGAACACAAGAUGUGGAUGUCAGGACACUUCGCGACUUUCGCAAAACUCAAAAAGUGGUCAAUGGUUUUAAGCAACGAUCAAUUGAUUAUAACAAUGUUUUGAUGGAAUACGAAAAAUUACAAGUACAGGAACGCGAGCUUUUAAAAGACAUGUUCUCAUUGCAAUCACAGACCAUCUUAUCUGUUGAUGAUAAUCAACCUGAUACUUUAUCAGACUAUCAAAAAGAGCAAUUCAAAAGUUUGCAGCAGAAAAAUGUUAAACUUGAGAAAGAUCGAAGAGUAAUUCAAGAAAAACUUGAACAGUUACUUUCAAUUGGUUAUCCAGAUAUAACAUCAACAACACGUCUCAGUAUUGCUAGUUUGUUACGUGAAUUGAAAAAUGACGAUUUAAAUCUAGACACAGUAAAUUCAUCUCAAACGGGAAUUACCGCAGAUAGAUCAUUGCCAGUUGCUUCGAUUUCAUCUGUACCUGUUGUACAAGAUGGAAAUAGAUAUGGUCGUUUGAAAGAAAAACUUGGAAAAGAUGUAGGAAUUAGAACGCUUGAAAACAAUGACUGGAUGAGAGCAAAUCCCGAACCAUUAACACCAUUUAAAAGUAAAUAUUUUUUAAUGAAUCAUUAUUAUCAAUACAAGAUUUUUCUAUACCAAUUUAUCUAAUGAUCCGUAGAGCAUAUACGUUUAGUUAAAUAUCAAAACACAAAAACACAAAUAAGACAUUUAACUAUUCAACAGACUUGAAACACUUAUUUCGUGUUUUGACCGUAAAAUUACGACGGAUUCAUGAAGAUAUUAAUAGUUUUGUGCUUGGAAAAUUUUCCAAGUGAGAAACAGUGUACUCUCAUUGAUACAUUCGUAUUUCAAACUGAACUAUAAUGCUAACAAUGAUACUCCUGGAAUAUGAAAGUAUGAAAUUUUUGAAUCUGGAUUGAAAUUCUUAUUAAAAUGACAUAAAUAGAUGUGGACGAUGAUUUCGUCUGUCCAAUGGUCCUUUCUAUUCAAUUUUAAAAAUUUCGAGCUCACUUAUUCCAGGAACAUCAUUUGACAUAUCCGUGUAGAUACACACGUCAAAGAAUCCUGUAAUAGGAUCAUAUAGGAUCUUGUAAGAUCCUAUCAGAUUCUAAAAUAACAUCUUGUCUGUUCUUAUAUGAUCCUAUGAAAUUAUAUAGGAUCUCAGAGGAAAUACGUCUGCAAGCUUAAAGCAAGAAAUGACGUAGGAUUUCUAUUAUAGGAUCCUAUGAGAUCCUACAGUAGGAACUUAUAAGAUCAUAUACAAUCUUAUUACAGGAUCUGAUAGAAUUUUACAUGAUCAGCUAGGAUAUGGUAGGGCUUAUCAUACAAAGUUUAUUAUUUUUAUUUGUUUAGUUAUUCUUUGAUCCCAGCUAGCUAUAAUCAGGUGAUUCUGAGCUGGAAUAAGCCCAAGACUUGUGAGUACUCACUCACACGUCGUCCAACAGUAUAGCAAGUUUGAAUGGCUCAUAGAAUUUCGAAAAUUUGAGCUUAAAAGAAUUUUUUAUUUUCUACAAUAGAGUUGUAUUUAUAUUACAGUUACUACAAAACACGUCAGUGAUUGUGUUCUCGUAUAGAAAAAGAAAAGAAAAUUUUACAGAACGAAAAAAUAGGAAUCCUACAAAAUUUUACCACAGGAUUUUGUAAGAAAUGCAUAAGAUUCCUAUUUGUAGGAAACCUAUAGGAUUUUUGCUACCGUCCUAUAUCAAGAGUUCUAUAAAAAUUCCUGCUGUAGGAUUUUAUAGAAUCCUGUAAUAAGAAUCUCAUGAAAUCCUAUUAUCAAUAGGAUCUUGUAGGAACCUAGUAGGAUUGUUUGACCUGGACAUGCAAAUACUAGAUUACAAAUGGGAGUACGCCAUUUCUUUAUUGAAAAUUGCGUUGAUUAAUCAUCUACACGUUUGAGUUUAUGUAAGAACUGUUGAUAACGGUAAUUGUAUUCCCAUGUCGUUAAAAUCGCUCCAUUCUGAACGAUUAUUUGUGAUUAGCAAUAAAAUCGGCAAUUAAUCGCAAUUUUGACUAUAAUCGUGCAUAAAUUGUGAUAUAUCGGCGAUUUUUAACAACUGAUGAUUAAUCGACUUGCACGAAAAAUCAUCAGUUGCUAAAGAUCGCCGAUAUAUCGUCAUUCUUAAAAACAUAUCACCGGACAAAAAACAAAUAAAGUUCGUUUUGAGUUGCUGAAAAGUGCUUCUUUGGAUUCAGCACACUAGAUAACCUUGCAGUUUUUCUAUUUUUGGCGAUUGGUACUUUUUGGGUAAUUUUUCUGUUUUAUUUAAUAAUGGUCAACUAACGAGGAAAGGACACCAAGUGAUAAAUCGCUUCUAGCUUAAAACUUAGCGAACAAUAGGUAAUCGAGUGUGCUGAUUCCGAAUACUAACAUGAGACGGGCCGCUAGGCCUCCAAAGACUGGAU